AACGAUGACCAUGUGUCAUGCUUCCUUCAGGUUCCCAAAUAUAUUUCACAAAGAUGGGAUAAAGCUCCAGGAAACAUAGAAGUUGGGAAACUUCGCAUCGCCAGGACACCGUCUGGACAGAAGUCUGGGCAGUCUGGACGUCCGAAGCUGGACGUGUCCUUCUCCUUGAGCGAAGCGGUGCUGGCAAUGGAGAAGUCCGAAGCCAUUCCAAAGGACCACAAGUUUGUCAUUAGCAACGUCAACAACCAGACGCUCGGCGUGUUCUCUCAGACUACCCCACGGCCAACAGUAAUGCUGUCGUCCCGGAGACGGAAAAACUCAUGAUGGAAGGAAGAGUUAUCCAGCGGGCUGAAUGCAAGCCGGAAGGUAGCGAGACCUACAUGAAACUGAAGCUGGAGGGCUUCCGAAAGUCGGCCGUGCCGGCCCGCAUGGCCAAACGGCUGGACGACGUGGUGCACGUGAAGCCCGUGGCCAAUCACCGCUACAACGUGGAAUUCACCCAAAAGAAGAAGUCCGAGGGUAAGAAGGUUCGAGACGACAAGGAUAAGGUGAUGAAUGUUCUCUUUGCCGCCUUCGAGAAGCACCAGUACUACAACAUCAAGGAUCUGGCGGGCAUUACCCGGCAGCCUGUGACCUAUCUGAAGGAGAUUUUGAACGAGGUGUGUAAUUACAAUCUGAAGAAUCCCCAUCGGAACAUGUACGAGCUGAAGCCCGAGUACCGACAUUACAAGGAGGACGAGGACUAGUCGACGACAGUCUUUGGUGGCUUUCAUUACACCAGGAGCUCUCUUCCGCCGCGUCCGCCAAUCGACGGGCCUCAACUUAGCGAGAGGAGCGCCGCCAGCGGUGCCGGGGUGUGUUUCUAUCACGGCAUGUAGUGUGAACGGGCUGCUCUUCUGAAACUCUGUGCUGGUUCGGCAGUAAGGCUCCUCGGCUGUUUCGGCUAGAAUUGUCGUUAUGAAUGUGCUGAUGGAGAUGCAUUAUCCAGCCUCUCUUGUUUAUCCAAGGAGACAGUCUUACACAGUUUCACCCAUGCGUAUUAUCAUCGCUUACUGGGCUUGUCUCUUCUUGCGUCUGGCUACUUUUGGCAUUUCGAUCAAUCACGCUGUAUUGGUUAGGCCUUUAUGAUUACGUAUUUUGCUUUCUAGCUUAUCGGUCGUAUACUCCAUUAUCCGAUAUCGAGAGACCCUUCCAGAGGACAGCUUUUACAGGGUGGCCGCUCAACCCGGUACUGAAGCGUAUUCUUUGCUCGUUCAAUUGUUUGAACUUGAUUCUCUCGUUCCGCAAGAGUACAUUAAAUCUCUUUACCAGCUGUCAGUUCAGUAGGGCUCCCUUCGUCUUGUAUGGGCACUUCUCAUCAUGCGCACAAUAGUUCCCCUGCGGUUCAUGAUCGUGAUCUGUUCUCAAAGUUCUCAUACUCUGGUCAAGUUAAGAACUUGUUUUCUUUCAUCUGAUCAGUGAGCCAUACACAUGAAAAAGCAUUGACGAUGUCAGCUGUUCUAAUAUUUGCUCAUAUUUUGCUUUUUAUAGUUCCUAAAUCUAAGCAUUGUUCAAACAUUUCACUGAAGUAUUGGUCCGUUCGGUGCCGUUUCUAGUUGCGUGCUUUUCGUGCAAGGUAUGGCCAUUGGUCAGCGUGCUAAACAUGAACUGGCGAUUGGCCUCAUGGCUCAGUUAAUGAUCACGUGACACUAGGCUGAAGUCUGAAUGUUGCCAGCUGGCUGCGGCGUGUGUGGCGCUAGUGUGUCACGUGACACCAGGCUGUUGUCCGAGUGUCGUCAGGUGGCUGCGGCAGCGUGUGGCGCUGUUGUGGGUGAGCCGGGAGGGUAGGUGGCGGGGUGGACAGUGUGUCAGGGGCGGGGCGCUGGUGCCGAGCGGCGCUCGUGUGUGGUGAUGAGACACGCCCGUGCCGGGCAGUCUGUGAUAGUCGGGACCGGCCGACUGUGAUGUGCCCGGUUUGCAGGCGACCAGCCUUUUCAGGCUGUCUCACCGGCUGUGUUGUUCCUUAUUGAGCCUGAUAGGUGAACGGCUGGGCACUGAAAUACAUUUUCAAAUACACAUGACCCCAACUACU